UUUUUUUACAAAAAUCGCCUAAAGACCUUCACAAGAACACUUCGAAUCUUUGGUUAUCGAUCGGCCAAAAUACAACGGCUCUAAUAUGAUUAAAAAUAGAACAACUAAAUGAGACGGGUGAUGAUCUCUCUGCUCAUUUGCACGCACUUAAGCCCCCAUUAUCCCCGCUUUCUUCAGUUCACAUUAUCGAUCAAUAAAUUAAUCAACCCUAAGCUCUUGGGACUAACUUCGCUCAGCAACUACAGCAUUCUGACAGCCAGCUGAUAGUCAGUGUCAGAGAAACACACAGUUGGUGUUUUUGUGUUUUCCAGCAACAAAGAAAAUGUCCAGCCAUCGAUACAUCAAGUCCACAAAUCCAUUCGAUGAAGACGACGAUGUGGACGAUGAAACAUUUCUGCGAAAUGCGCGCAGGCCGGCGCCCAGCAACAGUUUUGAGGCUCAGGUACAGGAUUUCCAGGAGCGAAAGCGCCAGAUCGAGGAGAACACGAUACGCAGCACCCAACACAGUCUGAGCAUCCUGCGGGACUCUGAACAGAUCGGAAUUGCCACUGCUGAGGAGCUGAUGAGGCAGCGGGAGAAGCUGGAGAAGACCGAUAAGCAGCUGGACGACAUCAACAACACGCUCAGGUUUUCGCAGAAGCACAUCAAUGGCAUCAAGUCGGUGUUCAGUAGUUUGAAGAAUUACGUGUCUGGGAGGAACGAUAAGAGCCCCACUACGUCCAGCUCGACGCCUAGCACUGUUCGGGAAUCCACGUCGAAUUCAAAUCUGCACCAGAAGCUGCAGACUUAUGAUCGCUAUGAUGAGCAUCCCGUUACUCGGCUUAGGGGCAACGACUACAGUAUGCCUCAGCAACAAACGACGGGAUCAGGAAGCAGGGAUUUCAGUGCAAAAUUGGACGCAAACUUGCAGGAAAUGUCCAGCAAUAUAUGCAGGUUAAAAGGACUGGCAUGCGAACUGGGACAGGAAAUCGACUCCCAGAAUGAUCUCAUUGAUAAUAUAACUUACAAGACCGACCAGGCCGAUUUGAGCAUUCAAAGGCAAAACAAAGACAUGGUGAAGAUUUUGAAAAAAUAAACCAGUUCGAUUAUAUAUGAGCGUAAAUAGGGCAUGUGGCCAAAGGUCGGGGGCUGCAAACAGAAUUUGAUUGGUGGAACAGUACAAAACUGCCGGAGUUUUAAAGUCUAUUAGUAUUUAUGAAUCUAUUUGUAUAUUGUGCAUGAUCGAAUAAACUAAUUUGCAUUGUUUUCUGAAAA